AUGUAGAUUAUUAAAAAAUUAUUAAGUCCACUUUAAAAGCCUUACGGAUUAUGUUAAAAAUCAAGCUAAUCUUUACAUUAAAAUAUAUUCGAUUCGAUCCAAGAAGAAACUAAAGAAUCUGCGACACAAAGAAUUGAUAAUUCUUAAAUAUAAGGUAGAGUAGAAAUCAAUGAUUUUGAUGAAUAAACUGAAGAUGACAAUCUCGAUCAAGAAGAUUCAAUUUCUUUUGAUGAAAACAAUAACAACCAAGAUGGAAAACCGCUUAAAAAUGUUAGAUAACCUUCCAAGAAAAGAAUGAACAAUACUAAGUCAAGAAGUAAAAUAAAAUAACAAGGGACUAUGGACUCAGAUUAAACGAAGGAGAGUUAAGAUCAGGAAUCUAUAAAAUUUGAUGAUUAAGGUAAUCAAAUAAUCUCACCUAAUAAAAGAAGAAGAAAGGUAUCUUAAAUUUCAAAUAAUCUUAAUAAUAAUGAAAAUUAAUUGGAUGAUUUAGAAUUUAGAGAAAAUUAGGAUUUCUAAGAGAAUGGAUCUAAAUAAACAAAUUAACAUGGGAAGGUAGCUAGUAGAAGAAGGACUGUUCUAAAGGCAAAUGAAUCUAAAUAAUCUGAUGAAGAUCACCAUUCAGAAGAUGAUAAUGAGAUGGUAAUUCAAGAAGAGGAAUUAAGUGAAAAUGAAUUGGAAUCUGAAGUCAGAGAUUUAAAAAAGAAAGAAUAGGUUUACUAAUAAUAAGUGCAAUUUUAGCAUUCUUUUAAUAAAGAAAUUCUUAUAUAGAAUUAAUAGGAUGAUUAUUAGGAGAGUGAGGGUCCUUAAUCUUUUCGUCAAGAAAGGUUCAUGAUUUAACAUCCAAAUCACGAGAUUAUAAGUGUUUCAUUACUUGAUAGAUUUAUACAUUUAGAUAAUAUCUAUGAUUAUAAAUUUUUAUAAAGUUGGAAUUAUCAUAUAGCUAAAAUUAGAUAGGCUAAGUUUCUUGAUGAGUUUGAUAUUUGA